GUCCCUGAUUUGUAUCUGUUGGACCUAUAUUACGAGCAAGUAACUAGAGUUAGUUUUAGUAUCUAUUUUUCCUUUGCAAACAGUGUAAGUGCCCACAUGAAACCACCUGACAACUGCGGAUAAGAUUUAGCAUGGGAUGUAACUGCGAUGACGGAAGUGACGCCAUUCGCGUUCUAGUGAAGUCAUCAGAACAAGCAAAGCGGCAGUGAGAGUGUUGAGAGCAGCCGAAAAUUUGCAGGGACUGCCUCUUGCACCAUGAACGCGCCACCAGCGUUUGAGUCUUUUCUACUGUUCGAGGGUGAAAAAAAGAUAACGAUCACUAAGGAUACCAAGGUACCUAAUGCCUGUUUGUUUACAAUCAACAAGGAAGAUCAUACAAUUGGGAAUAUUAUUAAGUCACAGUUGCUGAAGGAUCCUCAGGUGUUGUUUGCAGGUUACAAAGUCCCACAUCCUCUUGAGCAUAAAAUUGUCAUAAGAGUUCAGACAACACCAGACUACAGCCCCCAAGAGGCAUUUACCAAUGCAAUCACAGACUUGAUAAGCGAGCUUUCCCUUUUAGAGGAAAGAUUUCGGGUUGCUAUUAAAGAUAAACAAGAAGGAAUUGAAUGAGCCAAAUCUAUGGAAGGAAGAGCUAUAACUUUAUUAUUGAAAGCAAGCACUCACUCUCUUUUUUUUGUAGGGAGCAUUUAUGCAGGCCAGUAGGUUAUUGUAUUUUGUUUUCUUUUUUUGUAUGUAUGGAUGAUGUAUACUUUUAUAAAUAAAAUUACUUGUCUUAUGUAA